AUGUCAGCGCCCGCUGUAACACGUGGAGGUGAUGGAGCGAAUGUCGGUGUGGGCGUGUUUGUGACGAGUGAACACCACCCGAACUGUGUCCUGCUGGGAAUUAGAAAAGGGUCGUCAGGGGCUGGACUGUACGCUCUUCCCGGCGGACACCAGGAAAACGGAGAAACGUGGGAAGAGUGCGCUAUACGUGAGACACAGGAAGAGACCGGAUUGUUGCUGAAGAACGUGCAUGUUGUGCACAUCUUCCACGAGCACGGAAAGAACGAAGUCUCCAUGCAGGGAGAAGUCGAUGUUAACUACCGCGAAGAGCCACAAACUCUCGAGCCCCACAAAUGUGAAGGAUGGGUAUGGCGGGAUUGGAAUGAUUUUCCUCCGCACGAACAACUAUUUUACCCUCUUAGGCUGUUACGAGAAGAAAACUUUGAUCCAUUUGAAGAAAACAACACCAAAUUGGAGGCUUGAGUGUCUGUAUAAAACAGAUCAGUGUGAAGUCUGGUGCCACGCCCUUCAGUACUGGAAUACUGAUUGAGUGUUCACGUUCUGUAUGUGAGACAAUGAAAUAUGUAGCAACAACAAUAGAUGGACACAUUUCGUUGGACUGACGUCUAGAAACACAGUACAGUUAGCAGUGGAUACCCAUUUUGUAUGUAGAGAGCAGGUAGAAAUCCAGCGAUGUGUGUGGAUAUUAAGAAUAUUUCAGAUCAUAAACUCAACAACAGUGAAUGUAUUAAUAAAACUGGUUUCCAAGCAA